AUGACGAAAAAAAAACUUACUACCUAUACUUCCGCUUUUGCCACUUAUGCUAUAAAAAUAUUAACUGGAAAUACAUUAAAUACUAGAGGUCAUUCAAUGAGACAACAUUAUGGUUACGAUGAUAUUGAUGAUGAUGAAAAUGUCUAUGAUCAUAAGAAAAAAGAUGUUUCUACUUGGGAUGAAAAUGUAGAAACUGUUGAAGAUGAAGAACCUCCUCCACCUUACGAUAAUUCUACUGAAACUAAAUCUUCAUUUACCAAUUAUCCAACUACUCAGAUUGAAACUAAACCUUCAUUUACAAUUUCUACAUCACCUUCGCAACAAGAUUAUCCAACUACUCAGACUGAAACUAAACCUUCACUUACAAUUUCUACAAUCACCUUCGCAAUAAGAUUAUCCAACAUAACUACUCAAUCAACACCAACACAUUCACCAACAAAUUCAACUUCACGACGAAGACAAUUCCGUGUUCAUCGUGGCCGUACAGUAUUCAAUUGGCAAAAUGUUGUCGAUGGUGCUCGAUCUGCCAAUAGUGGGACUUCUUGUAUUUGUACAAAUCCCACUCAUUAA